AUGGGUCGUCUCGAAGGAAAGAACUGCAUCGUCACGGGAGCCGCCGGGGGAAUUGGCCUGGAAACCUGCAUCCUCUUUGCCCGCGAAGGCGCCAAUGUCCUUCUCUCCGACAUCUCGGGGCCUGCCCUAGAAAAGGCCCUCGAGACCCUCAAGUCCAAGGUCCCAGAUGCCAAGAAGCUCGAUACCAAAGUCACCGAUGUCUCCAAGGAAUCCGACGUCGAAGCCAUGGUGAAACAUGUUGACUCCUGGGGCGGCCUCGAUGUCAUCUUCAAUAACGCCGGCAUCAUGCAUGCCGACGACGCCGACGCGAUCGAUACGCCUGAGAAGAUCUGGGAUCUCACCCAGGCAAUCAAUGUCAAGGGCGUGUGGUUUGGCAGCAAGCAUGCUGUGUUGAGCUUCAGGGAGCAUGGAAAGAACAAAGCCAGCGUCAUCAACACUGCGAGCGUCGUCGCACUUGUGGGUGCCGCGACGCCUCAGCUUGCUUAUACCGCGAGCAAGGGCGCGGUCCUGGCAAUGACGAGGGAGUUGGCCAUGGUCCACGCAAGGGAGGGAUUCCGCUUCAAUGCUCUUUGCCCAGCGCCGCUCAACACCCCUCUGCUUCAGGACUGGCUCGGCGACGACGCGGCAAAGCGCCACCGUCGUGAAGUGCACUUCCCUACUGGCCGUUUCGGUGAGGCUGUCGAGCAGGCACAGGCGGUUCUUUUCCUUGCCAGUGAUGAGAGCAGCUUCGUCAAUGGCACGGAUUUCGUCGUCGAUGGCGGCAUGACUAAGUGCUAUGUUACGCCCGAGGGUCCGGCUACGGCACCGCCGAAGAACAACGCUCGCUAG